AUUAAAAUUCUGUAUACAAUUAUUUAAUGUUCAGUAUAAACUAUGCUAAUGGGAUUAAAUUAAUUUUAUUGCUAACCGUCAUUAAAACCCUGCAUUAGCAUUGCGAUUUGCAGAAGUAAAUAAAAACUAUCUCACUGUAAAAAUCAAAUCUUUUUCUGCCGCUAAUAUUUGUCAACAUAGCAGUCUGACAGCCAUAGUUUGUCAUUAUUUUUCUAUUUGUUUACUUUGUCAUAUUAAAAUGUGCUUUCUCGCUUUUUCCAAUAUGUGUGGAGGAGUCGAUGAUAAUUUUAAUGAAUGGAGACUGCUAGGCCAAGAACGUGAUGAAUCUUUUUUAUUUAGCUGGGUUCAGUCAAAUCCAGAAUUAAAUACUUGUAAGACUUGCAUUGGAGAAUACAAUUAUGAAGAAAAUACGCUUACACCUAUUUUUGCGUUCGAAAAAAAAAUUGAAUGUAUUCAAGCUACAAUCAGCACCAAUAGAACUGUCCUGAUAUAUGUAAUAAAGGAAAACUCCGAAGAUACUGAUGGUUUUUCUUAUAAAAGUUUCUUGUAUAACAUUGGCGACGACCACAAGAACUAUUUUCAAAUCAAGGAUGGGUCCAAGAAACAGACAUUUGUGCAAUUUUUAAACUGUAAACAACCUUUAGAAAAUCAGACGCUGAAAUUUUUACUACUGAUACAUCAAGAAGGUAUUUACCAAUAUCAUAUGAAAAUGACAAGUGAAAAUGUGACUGAAAAUUCUUUAACUUACGAACGGUUGGUUAAAAAUUUUUUCUGGGCCCAAUGGGACCCUGUCGAACAAACUUUAUAUCAUAUUCAUAAUAAAAGCCGAAAUGGAGGACUUGCUGAAGGAGAAGAAAGCAAUACAGAAACCAAUAAUAAAACAAUUCCGACUCUAACAGGGCUACAAUUUAAUGAUGAUCAACCACACGAGUCUGUGUUAAAUAUUCCGCUAAAUCUUCCACACUUAAAUUCUUCUGAUUCGUUGGCAACGUAUGAAGACGAUGUAAUUCCAUUGCGAGUACACGAUUCGUCUCUCGAUUUGAUUGUGUUAACCAAUUCCAGAGGAUGUGUGUGUAUAUGUCAUCACUAUUUAUACCAGCCAAUCCAACCAUCAAUAAAUCAUACAGACGAAAAUGAUACAGCUCCUAUUAAUUUCGCUUAUUCUGUAACUGCAUUGCAUCAAAGCUGUGUGAUACAUUGUGUUAUAAAUGACAUUCCUUGGAAUAGGGCAAAACACAUACGCCCAUUAUUUAAAUUAAGAGGCGAUUUCUUAAUUGUCUUCGUCCCUGAAGUAUGCACUCAUUUGCUGGAUAUAGGCUUAAUGCACGAGCCGUACUGUCACAUUGCUACAGAUCCAUUAAUAUCCGAUAGAGACUCCCGUUCGCUAUAUCUGGCACCUCUUCUGUCAGCUGACGAUUAUAUAAUAAAUUUAACCAAUUUAGAUAUAAUUGAUAUGAGCAUACUCGAACUUCUAAUGGUAGAAACUUUCAAGUCAAACACCACUUUAGAAAAUAAACUUUCCAUAUUGCAUUACUUUAUAGUGCAUUUAGAAGAUCUAGGAAUAGCAUCGGAGCUAAUCUGUUGGCAUUCAUCAAAACCUUUUACAAUGGAUUAUCCAGAAAUCCUUAAGGAAUUUCUGAUAGCUGCUUCAUUUGCGUCUGUACAAAAAAAUUUACCAUCAGAUGCUAACAAAAUAACAACAUUACUGCCCAUAUCAACUCAACGUCUAGGGCUGGACAUUGAAAUAAAAAACAGAAACUAUUUAAUAAAUCUCUCCCAAGAAGUUCUAUGGAAUGCGUCAAUGAUGGUACUGUCUCCACAGUUGCGUAUUGUACCUUACAAGACUGAUAUAUGGUUGACACUUUGGGAUCACCUUGCAAAGUUUUCUAAAGCUGGAUUGAGGUUCAAGCCUAGUCAGGUUUUAGAGAAAUUGAGGAUAUCAUUGGAAUGUUAUCAGCCUGAAGCGUUGUCUAGGUGUACAACACCAUCGUCACCAAUCGGAGGAACUUCUUCUACAUUUGCAGAUUUUCUAAAUAAUGCACGAGGUCAAACGGAUCGUUUGCCAUUUUAUGAAAUGGACAGUUGCACUGCCAGUAGACAAGAACAUAUUAUUUCUGUGAAUUUAAGGGAAUUAAGCAUGCAUUUACUUAAACAAACGUCGAAUAGUUUGAAAAAAUUUCAACAAUCCGAUCAAUCAAAUUUGCAUGUACAUGCAGUGGCUACUCGAUAUGUCAGUGCUCAGUUGGACCAAUCAAGGCAACUUUGUGAAAUAAUUUGUAAAGCAGCUACCUAUGACUCAGAAGAAGAUGAAGAUAAGGGAUUUAUUUUAAUAAAUAAUUUAGAAGAAAAUCGGCGUUAUAUUAUUUUCAAAUUAUUAGAAAAAUAUUAUAUGGCAGUAGAGGCAUUAGCUUUCCCUCUUCCUCAAGGUUUUACGUCAUUUUUUACAUAUUUGGGAUAUAGGUCUAUGGACUUUGAAAUGUUCAUGCAAUAUGUUACUAAUCACGUCUUUGAGUUACAAGUAGAUGUUAUGAAAAUUAUACUAGCAGAAAAUGAUGACAGUAAGGAAGGUACUGAUAAAAAACUAAAAUUACUUUCCGUUUUGCCGAGACAACGAGCAAAAAGACUUCUCAACCAAUGGAAUCAUCCUAUAAGUGUAAUUUUAAGAGCUAGAGAACAUUCUCAAAAUAUACUUUCUGGAGUCACUGGAUUACCUACAAGAAGUAAAAAUCCAAAUCCCACAAGUUCAAUAGGAUUGGGGUCUUAUCAUGUAGGAAAGAACAUGUCUCCAUUGGAUACUUUUCUAGAUUUAUUGACUGCUAAAGCAAGUUUAACAGAUAUCGACUUUGGGCUGCUUAUUGAAGCUACAGAAUUGGCCAACGAGUAUGACUAGAGCUUCUUCAGAUCAGUCUACUUUUAAAAGCAUCAGUUGCGAUUUAGUGUCCUUCUGUAUUAAUUUCUUUCAAACUUUUAUCUUUUGCCAAGAGAACAAAAACAAAAAAUGGAACAAAAGCGAACAAAUAUUAAAAUAGAUUUUAUUUACAUAUCUCCAUUUACAUAAAUGUGGUAUUGUUAUUAAGAAAAUAAAUUAAACAAAAAUCG